GCGCAAGCCAUGGCCGACGUGUUGGCGGCAAAGGCGGACGCCUCCAGCCCUCCUCCCGUCAACAAGAACGAUGAGGUACUGCAUGAGGAGGUUGAGACUGCCCACCGGAAGAGGAAAGACGAGCGCAAGGCAGCCACGCGAAGGCGAAAGCACGAGAAGAAAAACGACGCAGCCGUGAAGAUCCAAGCGCAAGUUCGGGGAUAUCAAACUCGAACAAAGCUCCAUGGCCAUAAUGACGGUCCCCGACUCGAUCAGCUUCCAUCCCCCUCUGACGAAGCAGUUGUCGUGCCAGUGCACCAACUCAACAGCAUCGACAAGUCGACCAGCCAACUGACACCUCAAUUGGAAGGCGCCUCGAGCCAACAGGAAGCUGCUCCUGUUGUCCAAAGUACCGCUCAUAUCGGGCCAGCCAUUCAAGUCACAACGACAGUUCUCCGAUCGUCCUCCUCUCCAACUCGCCUAGAACCAGCCAAGAAGUUGGCUCCGUUGAAGCAUGGCCCAACCGAAAGCGCCGCAAACGCCAAAUGCGAUGCAAAGCCAUUGCCUCAGGCACCAACGUACGAAGAACAAGUUCGCCGGGCCACCCAGAUUCAAGCAACAUACCGCGGACACGAGGGUCGUUUGGAAGCGUCAAAGCAGCGCGAGGAAAUCGACGCCUCGCUCCGCGAAGAGGCCGCGAUCGAGCUCGCUCGUGAAGAAGACGCCGCGACCGAUAUUCAAGCCCUCUACCGCGGCCAUCGAAUCCGUGAAUGCUUGGCAGACUCGAAGUCGCGGCACCCGCCAACUCCACUGCCGGUUCAGGCCAAGGGGAUACCCUCAUUGAGCUCGAAAACCCCAAGUGGGCAACCCACCCGUUCGACUGUCCGCGACACCAAGGAGAGCAAAGCCCAUCGUGUCGACGAUGACGACGAAAACAAGCCUCGUACAUGGCCAAAGUCCUUGACUUUGGACACGUCCCUCGACAUCACCACCCACUCGACGCACGAUGUGACGAGUCGCGGCCGCGUUCGGGUUUUUGUCAUGACGUGGAAUCUCCAGGCGCAGAAGCCGCCAACCGACUUGCGUGCGCUCCUGCGACCUGGAUCGUGCCAUAUCUACGCGAUCGGAACGGAGGAAUGCGUUCAAAGCAUUGCCAAGUCGGUGCUCUUCCAGUCGAAAAAGGAGUGGGAAGAUCAGCUCAUCAGCACGCUCGGCGCAACGUAUGUGAAACUACGCAGUCACGCCUUGACAGCGAUGCACAACGUGGUGUUUGUCCAUACGAGCAUUCUCCCGCUGGUGUCGGAGCUGCAUUCGGACGCGAUUGCGACCGGGCUCGGCAAUCAGUUGGGCAACAAAGGGGGAGUGGGGAUCGGGUUUGUCGUGGGCCGAACAUCGUUUGCAUUCAUCGGGUGCCAUUUUGAAGCACACCAGUCACAGCAAGCGCUCGCGCGGCGCAACGCGAACUUUCACAAAAUCAACUCGGAGCUGCAGCUCGUGGCCCCAAACGACGACCACCGCAAAGGCCCGAUCUCGUCCACGUUUGACCGGGUGUUUUGGUCCGGCGACUUGAACUACCGCAUUGACGGGACGCGGAAAAUGAUCGAUGACUUGCUCGCCCGCAACUUUCACGAUGUGCUGCUCGUGAACGAUCAAUUGCGCAAGGAGAUGGCGGCGAGUCGUGUGUUUGAGCGCUUUCGGGAAGGCCCCCUCAAUUUUCUGCCAACGUACAAGUUCGACAAAGGUCGCCUUGUGCGCUCGCCCGCAAGAGGUCGUGACACGCUUUGGUAGGAUGCGAUGUAUACGACUCGUCGGCAAAACAGAGGAUUCCGUCAUGGACCGAUCGCAUCUUGUACUUUUCGACUGUGCCGACUGCCACGUCCUUGCUUGCGUACGAGAGCCACAUGCACGUCAAGACGUCCGACCACCGGCCCGUGACCGCGAUCUUCGACGUUGAUUUUGUCAGCGAUCUGAAGAGUCUCGACCGAGCAGCCCCCGCCAACCAAACGAAAAGCGAAGUGUGCAUACUGCAAUAGCAUUGCAACGUGAACGCAUGUAACUUAAACAUCGCCUGUACUGGUGGUGGUGGACGAGUCGAACGAGUCCGUGAUCGGGUUUGGUUUGCCGUGAGCAAUGGCAAGACGAUGUGCUCGCCAUUGCGUUCCUUCCACUGGCGCGUACGUGAACAUGUCUUGCCGCCGGUCUUUGUCGAAAUGGACGUCGGGGUGGCGAGUCGAGUAUCGCACGAUCGUGAAUGUUGCACCAGACAGAGCGCACGCCAUGAUGCCCAAGAUGGGGUAGGUAGAUGGGUCCAUGAGCCAUGUGCGAGCAAACGUCGCAGCACGCGAUGCUGCCAUCUUGCACAGGGGGCAGGUGUUGACGAAUGAUGCGCCCGUCCCCUUCCAUAUGGGCACGGUCGAAC